UUUCCCCUCCCCCCCAUUCUCCCUUCCCCCUCCCCCCCUUUUCCCUCUUAUGGCGGCCCCGCACCCCGACAAGCUGGAGGGGGGAGUCGGCCCAGCUCCGCCUGCUCCGGGUCCGCCGCCUCCUCCGCCAGGGAACAUCUCCACAGGGCCAGGCCGCAAGCAGGGCAAGGCCGGCCUUCAAAUGAAGAGUCCCGAGAAGAAGCGCCGCAAGUCCAAUACACAGGGCCCUGCCUACUCCCACCUCUCGGAAUUUGCUCCCCCGCCCACACCCAUGGUGGACCACCUGGUGGCGUCGAACCCCUUUGAGGAUGACUUCGGGGCCCCCAAAGUCGGCUCUGCCUCCGCACCUUUCCUCGGCAGCCCCGGACCCUUUGGGAACUUCCGCAUGCAGGGGGCGAUGGGGCCGCAGGUGCCGCCCGGCUACGGCGGGGGCCCGCAGCCCAUGCGGAGGCAGCCGCCCCCUUUUGGACCAAGCCAGAUGGGCCCCGCCUUCAACAUGCCUCCCCAGAACCCCGGGUACGUGCAGUCCGGAGGGAUGGGCUUUGGCGGCCAGCCCUUUGGCCAGCCCCUGGGGCAGAACUUCAGCCCCCCUGGGGGGCAGCUGAUGCAGGGCCCCAUGGGCGGCUUCGGCCCCAUGAUCUCCCCAACCAUGGGGCAGCCCCCACGCGGAGCCGACAUGGGCCCGGGGCCCGCCCUAAACCCCCCCGGGGGCCCCCCAAUGGCCCAGCGCUUCAACCAGCCGGGCAACAUGUUCGGACAGUCCUCCAUGCAGCGCCCCAACCCAAACCUCCCCAACCUGCCCCCCAACCCCAGCUCCUUCCCUGGGCCCGAUCCCAGCUUCCCCCCUGGCGGCGGCGGUGAAGACAACGGUGGGGGGAAGCCGCUCAACCCGCCCCCCAGCACCUUCAGCCAGGAGCAGCACAGCGGUUCGCCGGCAGCCAUCAACGGCACCCAGCCCCCGUUUGCGCCCAACAGCACGGGGCACGGCGGGGGCGGCACGCCCGAGGCCAACAGCCUCCCGCCCUCCAGCAAGGCUUCCGGGAACUCGGGCCACCAGCCCCCGCCCGGCCUCGUGUACCCCUGCGGGGCGUGCCGCAGCGAGGUCAAUGACGACCAGGACGCCAUCCUGUGCGAGGCCUCGUGCCAGAAGUGGUUCCACCGGGAGUGCACGGGGAUGACUGAGAACGCCUACGGGCUGCUGACCACCGAGGCCUCCGCCGUGUGGGCCUGCGACUUCUGCCUGAAGACCAAGGAGAUCCAGUCGGUCUACAUCCGAGAGGGCAUGGGGCAACUGGUGGCCGCCAACGAUGGCUGAGCCUCCGCCGCUGCAGCCGCUUCCCUCUGCCUGGACGUCGGAGGUGGUGGCAUCCCUGCUCUGCACCACUAGACACUCUUCGGCUUUGUCCGUGGAUUCUUCAGCCUGUCCAAGGAACACGGGUAGCACAUUUUCAAAGCCUCCCGGUUAUUGAAAGAAUUUGGUGGGAGGGGAGGACAGAGUCUUCGACCUUCUGUGACCUCCGGGACCUGGAGCUGUUCUUCCCAAGCCUUCCAGCAUUCCGUCUCUUCCUCCUCCUCCUCCUCCGCUUUCUUUACAGCCGCUGCUGCAGUUCGAAGCCACAAAACAGCCAGUCUUGGGCAGCAGAUACCCAGCGGACGGCAAUUUAGCAUAAACUGGAGAGCAGUUACUACCACGGUUUGGACCAGUUUCUUCACUG